CAGAUUUAAGGAAAUUUUUGAAUGAUAUUAAUCUUCAGGUUAUGAAUCUAAUGCUCAUAAUUUGAUCUGCUAAGCAACUGCUAUAAUAUAAGCAUUAUCAUAAAUUUUCAUUGUUGGAAUUUGAGCUAAACUCAGACACAGAGAUGGACCGGCUGCUGCGUCUAGGAGGCGGCCUGCAAGCUCUCAGUCAGGGUGCUGCUGCCUCAGACACGCCCACUCCUGACACAGCAGAGCAGGUGUACAUUUCUUCCCUGGCCCUGCUGAAGAUGCUGAAGCAUGGCCGUGCUGGCGUCCCCAUGGAGGUGAUGGGGCUCAUGCUGGGGCAGUUUGUUGAUGACUUCACCGUCUGCGUUGUUGACGUCUUUGCCAUGCCACAGAGCGGCACGGGCGUGUCAGUGGAGGCCGUGGAUCCCGUUUUCCAGGCCAGGAUGUUGGACAUGCUUAAGCAGGUAGGGCGGCCGGAGAUGGUGGUAGGCUGGUACCACUCUCACCCAGGCUUCGGCUGCUGGUUGUCGGGAGUGGACAUCAACACGCAGCAGAGCUUCGAGGCGCUGUCCGAGCGCGCGGUGGCUGUCGUCGUCGACCCCAUCCAGAGUGUUAAGGGCAAGGUUGUGAUCGACGCGUUCAGGCUGAUCAACCCGAACAUGGUUGUACUGGGGCAGGAACCCAGACAAACGACAAGCAACCUGGGACACCUUCAAAAGCCCUCUAUUCAGGCGCUCAUCCACGGCCUGAACCGGCACUACUACUCCAUCCCGAUCAAGUACCGCAUGAACGAGAAGGAGCAGCAGAUGUUGCUGAACCUGCACAAGAAGUCGUGGCUCGAGGGCCUCACGCUCACCGACUACACGAGCCACGCAGCCACCAACGAGACCACCGUUAAGGAUAUCCUGGGUCUGGCCCAGCACUACCACAAGAGCCUCGAGGAGGAGGAGAACAUGACGCCUGAGCAGCUCGCCAUCAAGAACGUAGGCAAGGUCGACCCUAAGCGCCACUUGGAGGACAAGGUCGACCUCCUCAUGACCGAGAAUGUCGUCCAGUGUUUAGGGGCCAUGCUCGAUACGGUUAUUUUCAAGUGAUCAUUGUCGUCUCUCAUUUCUUUCUACAAAUAUCAUGCAAUUUAAAUCUCUCUAACAUGUCGUUAGGUAAUUUUAUUAUUCUAUUAUUAAACUUUACCUGCU